ACAGACAGUACCCCGAGCUCCCGGCGCGCGGGAGGUACUGUCCUUCGCCCCGCUCGGUUUCCACGGCGGCUCACCUGGCCGCUGGCGCGUCCGGGCGCUGCAGCCCCGGAGCAGGUGCGGCCGCCGCCAUGGUGUCCCCGGUCACGGUGGUGAAGAGUGAGGGACCCAAACUGGUGCCGUUCUUCAAGGCCACCUGUGUGUAUUUUGUGCUCUGGCUGCCCUCAUCCAGCCCAUCGUGGGUCAGCGCCCUCAUCAAGUGCCUGCCCAUCUUCUGUCUCUGGCUGUUCCUUCUGGCCCAUGGCUUGGGAUUUCUGCUGGCUCACCCCAGUGCCUCCCGCAUCUUUGUGGGACUGGUCUUCUCUGCUGUGGGUGAUGCUUUCCUCAUCUGGCAGGACCAUGGCUACUUUGAGCACGGUCUUCUGAUGUUUGCUGUGACCCACAUGCUCUAUGCCUCAGCCUUUGGCAUGCGGCCGCUGGCUCUCCGGACAGGUUUGGUGAUAGCAGUGCUGUCAGGCCUGUGCUAUGCCCUACUCUACCCAGGGCUGUCGGGUGCCUUCACCUACCUGGUGGGGGUCUAUGUGGCCCUUAUCAGCUUCAUGGGCUGGCGAGCUGUGGCGGGGCUGCGGCUGGUCGGGGCAGCCUGGCGUUGGACGGAACUGGCGGCUGGUGGUGGUGCACUGCUCUUCAUUGUCUCAGACCUGACCAUCGCUCUCAACAAGUUCUGCUUUCCUGUGCCCUACUCUCGGGCGCUCAUCAUGUCCACAUACUAUGCUGCGCAGAUGCUCAUCGCCCUGUCAGCUGUUGAGAGCCGUGAGCCAGUGGACAACUACAGACUGAGCAAGGCCAACUGAGGGCCUGGGGUCUGCUCACUUGUCUCCUGGGGCUGGGACCCGGACUCGGAGAGUCUGCAGGAGCUGGAUCAGGAUGGCUACAAUGCCAUCCUGGGACAAGCUGGUACCUCCUGGGAAGGUGGCAGGCAGGCUUGAGGGGGCGUCAGGAGAAGGCGCUCCCUUGGAAAGAUGGCAGUCCAGGAUGAUGCUGAGAGUUCAGAGAGGCAGUGUCAUGUCCCUCACCUAAGCCAGUAGACAUCUCCUCACCUCAACCCCAUAAGGACUGUCGCCGCCCUCUCAGAAGGUGAUGGUGCUCAGCUUUUUGACCCGUCUCUUUCUCUACUAGGUGGAAGAAUCUGACUCUUAUGCCUAAGACCAAAGGCAGUGCCAGGCUCAUCCAUUCCCACCUUUUCUCUUCUGAGAUGACCAGGAUCAGGGCUUGAAGCCCCUUCGCAGGCCUUCUAGUUGGGAAGAUUGGAUGGGGGUAGAGUCUAGUUUUCCCUUGUCUAGCAUUGUUACUUGAACAGCCUCAGUGGUGAAUGGGUGUCUGUCUAGGAUAGGCAGUAGAGGGAACUUUAUUGGUCUGGAAGCUUGAGGGUAGAAAGGAUUCAGGCUGGCCCUGUCUCUCAUAGGCUAGUCCAGAGCUCAGGCCUCAUGCCUUAUACUGUCUCCAGGGCUAGGGUGAACCAUGCCAAAGGAAGGGGCCAGCGCCUCCCCCCCCCCGUAGAAGUGUGUGUGUGUGUGUUCUUUUUCCCAGCCUGUCUGUGUUUCUCUGCCAUGUGUCUUUGUUCUGCUGUCUGUAAAAAACUAAUAGGGAGAGGACCUCAGAGAAGUACUGAGGGGCGCUUACCCUGGCUCAGAGAGCAGGAUGCCCUUCCUUGACACACCAACAAUGAUGCUUUCCUCUCUGUCCCUCCUGUACUGGGAGAA